UGGAGGCAGAAGGGAUGGUGUCAUGGGUGCCGCGAUUGCAUGGGUUUUGUUCGCGAUUGCGGUUCAACAACGUGAAGUCAGACACAUAUCCAUUCAGUGCACGGUGCUCUCGGUUACCAUGUCCGUGAUCUUACUUGUCAUUUGGAUUAACUACGGCGGAAGUUUAUCACAGGCAGCGAGAUCUCAACGUAACAUCGUCGUUGAGCAGUAUGCACCAUUGCUGCAUGGUGAGGAUGACGGCUAG